AUGGUUGAAGGCCGAUUCGGGAAGAAGAUAGUGCCGCGUCCCAGCGAAAGAGUAAAGGCGAUCACUGCAGCUCUAGCCGGAUUCAUCUAUUUGGAUCUCCGUCCAGCUUCGUUUGUGGAGGGCCGUGGCAUUCGUUGGCUACUCCACGUUCUUGAGCCUCGCUACAUCAUACCAGAUCGUACGACUUUGAUGAGGACGCAUCUUGUCGACCACUACCACAACGCAAAGAAGGUCGUCAUUGAUAAGCUACAAGAUUCCAUCCACCUCUCUCUUGGAUCGGACAUGUGGACCGAUGAUCAUCGCAGAUUGGGCUACCUUUCAGUCAUCGUCUCAUUUAUCACGUCAGACUGGAAAUUCGUCCGGUUUGUUCUGUCCAACAGGCACCUUGACGACCAUCAUACUGGCAAGAAUAUUGCCGAUGCAAUCAACAAGACCAUGCAGGAAUUCGGCCUCGCAUCGGCCAAGCCGACUUAUGUGACCGAUGAGGGGGCAAACAUGAAGUGCGCUGGACACAUUUUGAAAUUUCCUCGCUCACCAUGUGUUGCGCACAAAAUCGAUUCGGCCAUCUCGGUUGACACCCUCUCCCAGAUUCCAGAAAUCGUAGCCAUCUUCUUAAAAUUUGCAAAUAUUCUCACAUUCUUUCGGUAUAAAGCAGCAGAGGUGACCAAGAAACAAAAGGAGCUUAAGGCUCUGUUGGAUGCCAUACCGGAAAACGUGGACGAAAGCAAUCAUAAUCUUCAAGACCAUUGCUACGCGGCAGCUGAUACCAGUAAUCCUCAAAAGAUUACCACGCUUAAGACGGACUGCAAGACUAGAUGGAAUAGCAAAUGUCUACAGAUACAGUCCAUUCUCGACAACUUCCGGGUCAUCAACGAGAUGCUUGACUACCACAAGUCCGACCUGAAGAUCACCCACUCCGAACGAAAACUUCUUCAGCAGCUCCUAGAGUUCCUGACAACUUUUCAAGAAAGCUCUGAGCUCAUGCAACGGGACCUCACUCCAGAGAUUUCAAACGUUCUGCCCACCAUCGCCUGCAUGAAGCUGAUGGCAUGCUACGUGAGGGGAGAGAUGGACAUGGACAUGGAAUUCGCAAAUAUGGACGAACUUCCUACUAGGAUGGAGGAGGAGAACCAACAUUGUGAUGAUGGCGAAGAAGAUUAUGACCCGCCAGUGCAGCAUCCAAUUUUAAUUGCACUGAAGAAGAAGAUGUUCGAUGCUCUCCAGAAACGUUUCGCUGAAUUUGAAGAAGAUCCGCAGUACAAAUUGGCGUCUACAUUGGACCCUCGCUGGAAGGCCUCCUUCGGAUUCAAGUUUGAGGAUGAUUUCAUCCGCGGGAUAGAUGUAUUCGAGACAUCCAUCGGCCGAGUUUCAGCUGAGGUGCUCCCCACUACUGAGACUCAAUCAUCAUCAACCGCGGCAUCCCCUGAUUCCCAUCAAUCUGGUUCGAAAAGGCCAGUCUCUCAGUCUCAGCUAUCUAUACUAAUGAGCAAGAUGCGCAAACGCAACCCUCCGCUGGAAGAUAUCAAAAUGCUGAGAAUGGAAGUGUCCACUUAUCUUGCCAUCCCAGAUAUAGCAGAGCAUCAAACGGCAGAUUGUAACCUUCUUUUAUGGCGGAAGGAUCGCCAGUCAAUGUUUCCGAAACUUUCCAAAGUUGCCAGGAAAGUUUUCAGCGUUAUGCCGUCGGCUGCGAUGAAUGAGAGGCUCAAUAGCACUGCUGGCAGAACAUUGACUGCAGAUAGGUCUUGUUUGGCCCCUCAAAAUGUGGAUAUGAGUUUGUUUUUGUUUUAUAAUACCCCUCCCGAAAUGUAUGCACCCAAAUUGGCUGAUGCUCUUACAAAAUAG